CUGAACCGCCCCCCAGGCGCAAUGUCGCACGGCUUCCAUUGUCAUCCCCUCGCCGCCACGCAGCUUCGCACACGCACCCGCUCGACAUCAGGCUCCGCGCUGACCACGAAUCCCGCCACUUCAGCAGCCUGAGCAGCAGUAUUGGCAGCUGCUGCUGCAGUGGCCCCGGGCGACUCCUCAAGCUUUCGGGCUCCCUCGGGUGCGCCAACUGCGACCUUAGAGGCGCAAGACCUCCUAUCGCACCCGAAACCGCGGCGAUUCUCCCAUUAGGCUCAUCCCAACCCAUACAUCUCGCACGUCCGCGACCGCGCACUGAUAGCGGCGGCCUCGAGCCGGUUCGCGACAACCUGCCCUCAGGAUGGAGUUCGACCGGUACUCCAACGACAGCUCCGACAACGAGCAGGACCAGGAGGAUGAGCUCAUGCAAGAUGCGCGCGACCCAGACCCAGCCGAUGACGAGAAUCAGGACGGCGAUAAUGACAACGAAGACGAUGAUGACAAUGACAACGAUGACGACGACGACGACGACAACGCUGGGGACAAUGAAAACGACGACGACGAAGGAGGCGAAGGCACACAAGACGGCGGAACGGACUCGCAGGCCCGCGCUGGCUCGGCUUCCGGCGACGGGCCGUCGAUCAAGCGCACAUCGGCCACGCCCUCUCCAGGCUCAGGCACUCCGAAAUGGCAGCCGGUCUUGCGCCCACAGGUCCUCAACGCCAAGACGUACGACAUAAUACCGACAAUGGCGGCGCCCAUGGCUACCAGCAUCAAUGCCAUCGCGGUCACGCCAGACUUGCGUUAUUGGAUGACGGGUGGCACUGACGGGUAUAUCCGUAAAUACGACGGGCCAGGCACCAUCAAUGGCAAGACCCUCCUCACGGUGGCGCAGCGCCACCCGUUCGUAGACUCGGUCACCAAGGCGGGCAUUCUCAUGUCAUACUGGGAGAAUGCCGAACCGCAAGCCCCUGGUGCGAGAGCGGAUGACCUGGUCCUCAGCCCCGUCUACAGUCUGGCUGUGCACUCACAGGCGCUGUGGUGCCUGUCUGGUCUUGAGAGUGGUGGCAUCAACCUGCAGAGUGUGCGGCACGACGAGGGCAAGCGGAUAGCCUGCCUGCAGAAGCACACCAACGCGGUCAGCGUGCUGUCGCUCGGCGCGGACGAGAAGUCUGUGCUCAGCGGUAGUUGGGACAAGAACAUCUACGACUGGGAUCUGAACACGGGGGCCGUCACCCGAUCCUUUGAUGGCAACAAUGGCCAAAUCUCCGCCAUCGAGGUGCGGCCCAUGGGCGGCGCCCUGAUCCCAGCCGAGGCGGGGCUCGAGGAGUUACCGAGUGAGACGUUCUUCAGCAACAAUGCUGCACCCACUACUGCCAAUGGCUCCUUCCCUCUGGGGGAUGGUCAAGACUUUAAGCUCGACACGAAUGGCCUGGAUGGUAGUUUUGAUCUUAGUGCCGCGGCUCUGGAUGGCGCCGCUGUCGAGGCAACAGCUGGUGACGCGCCUGGUAGUCCCGGGCAAGACAGCCUCUUCGGCGGCAGCCCGACAGCCGGCUCAGAUCUGUUCGGAGAUAACGAUGGCAUGGGUGCCUUUGGCGGGGACGAUGACAACGAGUUCUCACGGGCGAUGAUGCAAGACUCUGCAGAGAACCCAGGGAAUGUCAACACGACCAAUGACGAUGCCGGCGAAGGCAUUGGCGACUUCGACAUGUCGGUCCCAGCUUUUGACACCGAUCCAACGGCGGCACCAGCUGUGCAGCCGCUUGACACAUCUACGCAGCUCGAUUCGACUCUGGCAGAAGGGCUCGGGGAUUCGACAAUGACCACCACGAACCCUGACGGCGAUGAACACGGCCUGGCUACCGACAUCAUGUCGAUGGACCCCUUGCCAGACUUCCCAGAAGCCAGUGGCCCAACCGAUGACAUUACAGGGAGUGGCACACAGAAUGGACUGGACAUGGCCGCAUCGGGCGACACAUUCAAGAUAGAAGACUCGCAGCCAAUGGGGCUCAACCCCGAGUCACCAUCCAUGAUAUUCGCCUCCGCCCCGGGCGACUCGCCUGCGUCUGCGCCCGCACACCACACAAGCCCACAGACAUCCGACAGCACGUUCUUCUCUGCCUGUUUCGACGGCACAAUACGAAUCUGGGAUCGCCGCAUGCAGAACCCUGUCGCUCGCAUUGGCAACCGGCCUGGAGUGCCGCCCUGGUGCAUGGGCGCGACGUGGUCGCCUGACGGCAACUGGAUCUACGUGGGGCGCCGCAACGGCACGGUAGAGGAAUUCAACAUCAACCAGGCGCGCAGAGGCUGGGAACCUUCGCGGGUGUUCAAAUUCCCCGCGGGCUCUGGGGCGGUCAGCUGCGUCCGGGCAAUGCCCAACGGCCGGCAUCUGAUCUGUGCCAGCCACGAUAUUCUCAGAUUGUACGACUUGCACAGCGAGAACACGAGCAAGAACGCGCCGCCGCCGUUCUUGAUUGUGCCCGGCCCGCCGCGCGCGGGUGUCAUCAGCACUCUGUGGCUCGAUCCGGGCGGCCGGUUCAUGCUGAGCACGGCGGGGAACAGAGGCUGGGAGGGAAGCCACACGGAGUGUCUCAUUGGAUACGAGAUCAAUGUUCCGGAGUAAUAGAUGAAGACUUGGCAAUACACGGGCGGCGAUCAAUAGAUACCACAUUACUGUCCAUUGCUACCCCAUUGCUGUCGUGCUUGUA